UUUCACUCGCUUUGGUACAGCCGACGGCAUGUAAAGCUAAACGCUGUGGUUUCUUAUAGGGUUGUAAUAGAUUCUAUUUUGCAACGUCACUGUACACAUUUCAUGCGUAACGUAAUGCAAGUAACACAACUUACUUAUUUUACCACCCUGAAUCUCAAGUGAUUCAAUGACUGUCGAUAUCAUAGAAAGUAUAUAAAUGUAACAUUCUAUUGUCUACAAAUAAAACGUUAUUCAGUUGUUUCAGAUAACAUUACGACUAUGCUCCCGACGGCAGUGCCAACGUUUCCCCCCAAAGACUGUCAUCUAGCAUGCCCCCACCUGUGUAUGACUGACAGAGUUAUGUGACGGAUGUUGGUGUCGCCGGGACAGUUACAUGGUUGUUAGAGUGAUACAGUGGUAGACGAUGCAUUUGUCGAGUGAAGUGAGUUCGACUACGAGCGGGUUGGGCCACGAAGCCCCGUCGUCUAGUUACGGCAACGCGUUGCCGAGCCAGCCGUUGACUGCGGAGUUGCUAGCCGAAAGGACGCUGGAGGGGCUGUUGGCUGAUCACCCGGGUGAGCUGGUGAAGACCGGGAGCCCUCAUGUUGUUUGUACAGUCCUCCCCCCACACUGGCGGUCGAACAAGACCUUACCCGUGGCGUUCAAAGUGGUGGCCCUUGGCGACGUGGGCGACGGAACCCUGGUCACAGUCAGGGCUGGGAACGACGAGAACUGCUCUGCUGAGCUGAGGAACUGCACUGCGGUCAUGAAGAACCAAGUCGCAAAGUUCAACGACCUGAGAUUCGUCGGCAGGAGUGGCAGAGGAAAGUCGUUCACCCUAACGAUAAUGCUGGCCACGUCGCCCCCGCAAGUGGCGACGUACCAGAAAGCCAUCAAGGUGACGGUGGACGGACCACGGGAGCCCCGCUCCAAGACCAGGCACCACGGCUUCCACCCGUUCCACUUCGGACCGCGUUUCGCACCGGACCCUUUGAUGGGGUCGCUACCUUUUAAAUUAUCAGGCAUAGCGCACCAGCUAGCCGGUCUCCCCGGAGGAGAGUGGGGCGCGCUGGCCCGCCACUACCCGCCGCCCCUCCUCCCGUCGCACGCGCAUUUCACGCCGCACGUGCUACCACCGGCGCACGCGCAGCCGCCGCACGUGCCACCGCCGCCGCAUGAGACUGAUGUCACAUCGGAGACACCAACGACGAUGCACGCUCAUAGCACGACCAGUCCCGCCAACUCUCGCCCGAGUUCGCCACAGGAUGACGACAUCUCCGUGACGGCUUCAAGCAGUCCCCCGCCAGACGAUCGUCCUGGAGCAUUCACAUCAGUUACCAGAACACGAAAGCCGCUGCAGCCGCUGCCAGCACCCUCGAGUCUUUUUCACAGCGCUUUAGCCGCUCAACUAUUCCUCAACUCACCUCUUCUACCCACGCCACCAGCCUGGUUGUACUCACAACUAUACGGAGGCUACGAUUGGUGGCUGAGACCACCUCCGCCACAAGAAGACUCCAACCAUUCAAGCCCAGAAAGAGAAGAAGAAGGCUCGACCACCUCGGCUGCUAGCAAGAAAAGACCUGCCUCACCUGAGUGGUCAGAACAAGGCGUCCGGACUCGCAGCAAAUCUCUCAUCACGUCAGAAAGACGGCCGGUGGACGUGUGGCGUCCAUACUAGUCGAAACUUUCGCACUUGCGACGAAUACAGGAAGUUUAUCGUUUAUUUUGUAAGUUUGUGUUCGGCUUGUUUACCGUCCGGGUGAGAAUCGAAGUGGACUCGUCACUAGAUUUGUGUAAGGCCCGGUGUACACGGCAUGCUCGCGCUAUGGACGUUUCUUGAAUGGAUAUUGGAUGUGUAGCCCUAGGUCUAGGUGACGAUGUGCAAUAUAGGUUAGGUUCGUGCCAUGUAAACUGGGGGAUACGAAUUCGGUAAGCUAGUGAUACAUUAUUGUGGAUAGGUGUUUUUACGUUAGAUAAAUGAAUGUGAAUUUCUUAUCGUAACGUUUAAUAAAUUGUUGACUGUAUUAUAAGAUAAUGCAAAGUCUGUAAAUAAAGUUAUCGACAUUUUUA